AUGAUCAGUAGGUGUCCGCAUCCCUGCUUCCUCACCUCAGCGCCAAUCAGCCACACACAGCGACAGGGGCCACGGGCAGAGCGGAGAGCGCACGCACGCACCAGACGCACGGACACAACAAUAACCACGAGCGGACCCUCUCGCCUCCGAGCACCUCCACGGCGCUUCUUUUGUACUUUUCCGAACGAGUCGCGAAAUGAUGUCCGCGGUGCCACGCUUCUAGCAUCUCUGGAGCUCUUCUCAGCAGUAGCUCCUAGCAUUGGAGGAGGGGGCAUCUCAUUACCUCCCGGGGUCAUCGUCAUGACAGCCCUUCACUCCCCCGCAGCCUCAGCAGCCGUUACAGACAGUGCGUUUCAAAUUGCCAAUCUGGCAGACUGCCCACAGAAUAAUUCCUCAGCAUCCAGUGGAAACCCAGCGAAGAAGAAAAGGAAAAGGUGUGGGGUCUGUGCACCCUGCAGGCGGCUAAUCAACUGUGGUGUCUGCAGCAGUUGUCGGAACCGCAAAACGGGCCACCAGAUCUGCAAAUUUAGGAAAUGUGAGGAGCUGAAAAAGAAGCCAGGCUCAUCGCUGGAGAGGACGCCUGUCAGCAGUGGUGAAGCUUUCCGGUGGUUCUUCUAG